CGAAACCGCCGCCACCGGUGUGAGCAUUUGUGUUGCCAAAGCCGUCAGCUGUCCCAAAGUCGCCAAAGUCGCCAAAGUCGCUGUUGUCGUUGUCGUUGUCGUUGUCGUUGUCGCUGCCCUUGGUGUCAUUAGCUGCUCCGAGGUCUCCAAAGCCGUCAUCAUCGGCAGUUGAGACCAGAGGGUCAUGCUUCUCGUCCGCCAAGACGGAAUGGUUGAUUGAGUCGUCCUGGUGGCGAUCCUGUAAUUCGUCAGACAUGAUGAUUGAUGAAGUUCAAGUUUGAUCUGGAAUCACCUCUCUCAACCCCAUGGACAACCAGGACCGAUCCGACCUCAGUCUCUACAGCCGACUGCCAGAGAACAUUCAGAGGAGUGCCGGAUUGGAGAAUGAUUCUCUGACACAGUCCACAGGAGAAUCGUCAUCGGCGGCGUUCGUUCCCAAAUAUGUCGAGAACUCUGUCGUAGGAGGAUUCGAGACCGAACAGGUGUACAACACAAAGGUCAGGAAUAAGGUCUUUUUGCUCGACAAUCCUGCCAAGGAAAAGCAGAAGCGACGCAGGAGAACCAAUAAGUCGAAGGCGCUGACUGCCAAGGAGAAAAGGGCCAUGGACGUAUACAACAUCCCAGUCGAGUCUCGAAAGGCAGCGAUAUCUUUAUGGAUUCCCAAUAGAUACGAGCUGUUUCUCCCGCUACAUGAGCUCUGGAAGGGAUACAUCGAAGAACUAUUUGGCGCGACGAACCCAGUAGGAUUCACUCAGAAAUUACUCAAGGCGGAUUUCCAUGGAGCCAUCAUUACAGUGACGCGGUCGAAAUGUCCAUCCUAUGUUGGGGCUAGCGGGAUUGUUGCUCAGGAGACCGAAAACGUCUUCAAGAUCAUCACACCUAACAAUGCUCUGUUAGUGAUUCCGAAGACGAAUAAUGUGUUCAAGAUUCAUAUCCGCGAUUCGAUCUUUACAUUGCAUGGAAAUCAGUUUCGCUACCGGGCCUCGCAGAGGAGCUCCAAAAAGUUCAAAUCAAAACCGACUAUUGAUCUGUAAUCAUGCACCUCUGCCGGUACUCUCGCAUUUUCUUGUAACAUAGCAUCCACAGCAAAAUAAAAUAAAAAAUAAAAUAAAAUAAAAUCCCAUUCACACAAGGACCAUAGGUGUGUAAGAGGUUGAUUUUAUUCCGCAUCACCUUGCGAAGCUGACAGAUGCGUUGCCUGCUGAAUAGAUACUACUAUAGUGCGACAACUCUACACCAUAUCCACAUCGCCUUGAUGAAGCACAUGCGAAACAUCUUCAGGGUGCACAUGUCCGAGCUGAUUCUGGAGCGCACGCAUUUUGUUUGCGGCCUUAACUGCCUGUACCGCAUUACGGAAUUUAC